AUGGCACUGAACGACAUUAUUAACUCCAUCAAUGGAGUCCUCUUUUCUGAGUACACCGUGUAUGCGCUGCUGCUCACUGGUCUUGUGUUUACCGCGUGGUCAUUCAUCGGUCAAUACCGGGCACUCACGCACGGCGUAGCGGUCGUGCGUGGCAAAUACGACGACAAGGAUGAUCCGGGGGCGAUCAACCACUUCCAGGCAUUGUCGGCGGCAUUGUCGGCGACUGUUGGUCUCGGAAAUAUCGCGGGCGUCGCGGUCGCGGUCGCGCUCGGUGGUCCUGGAGCGAUUUUUUGGAUGUGGAUCAUCGGCAUCCUGGGCAUGGCAAUCAAGAUGACGGAAGUCACACAGUCCAUGCUGUACCGGAAUACGGACGAUCCAGAGAAUCCGCACGGCGGUCCAAUGUUUGUCGUCAAGAAAGGAUUCGCUGAGUGGGGACUCGCUCCGAUCGGAACACUCAUUGGUGGCAUCUUUGUCAUUACGCUGAUCAUCUCGGCGAUCACCGGUGGGAACAUGUUCCAAGCGUGGAAUGUAGCGGACAUCACCUUUACCUACUUCGGGAUUCCCCAAGUAGUAACGGGUGUUGUGCUGACACUGGUUGUUGGGCUAGUUAUCAUCGGCGGGAUCAAGCGUAUCGGCGCUGUCGCGGGUCGCAUUGUGCCGGUCAUGUGUGCGUUGUAUGUGAUUGCUGCGUUGGUAGUGCUCUUCGCGAAUAUCGCGGAUGUGCCUGGGAUGCUUGGGUUGAUCGUCAAGAGCGGUCUCCCGAGCUUCAUGGGUGGUGCGGACGCUGAUGCGACUGGUGCGUUCUUGGGGGGGACCUUUGGGUACGCCGCGAUGUGGGGUGUGAAGCGUGCGUUGUUCUCCUCAGAAGCGGGUCAGGGAUCUUCGCCGAUCGCUCACUCUGCGGCGAAGACCGAUGAACCAGUCCGCGAGGGUGUGGUCGCGGGUCUUGAGCCGUUUAUUGACACGAUUGUGGUCUGUACGCUGACAGCGCUUGUGAUCCUCUCGACCGGCGCGUACAACCGCGGUUCGGAAGCGGAUUUUGUGAACGCGAGCGAUGUGCGGAUUGUGCAAGCUGUGGAUUCGGAAUCUGGUGAGGUACUGGAGAAUACCUGGACGCUCGAGACUGGGGCGCUCCCACGGAUGUCAUCCGAGUCACGCAAGAUCCGCCAGACCCCUGAGAACGGAUCGGGUUGGCGUGAGGGCGAGAUUGUGUUCUUCAUCGUUGCGGCUGAUGAAGAUCCGAACACAGGUCGAGAUCUACGCAAGAUCACUGGAUCGGUGAGUCAAGACGAAAACGACCUCUGGCAGGUGUCAUGGAACACAUUGGAAUCCGAGAUGGUACCACAUUUCCGUGAACAUACAGAUGGAACUGUUGAUCUCGGUGUCUACGGCGAUUAUGCGGGUGCUUCGAUGACGGCGUAUGCGUUCGAUCGUCAGUUCCCUGGUCUUGGGAAGUGGCUGGUCUCGAUCGCGGCGUGGUUGUUCGCGAUCUCGACGAUGAUCUCGUGGUCGUACUACGGCGAGCAGGGGAUCUACUACUUCACGGGUGUGUUGGGCUCGUUCGGGAAGUCCAUAGAGAGCUCAGCGGUGUUUAUUUACAAGAUUAUCUAUGCUGGAUUGAUCUUGUUGACGACUGUUCUUGCGAUGCCGUUGUUCGGGCCGGACAAGAAGGCGUUCAUCGCGACCGAUCAUGAGCUUGAUAUGUGGACGACGCUUGGUCUGGGUGUGAUGCUCGUGGCCAAUAUCCCGAUCAUGUGGAUCUUCGGUGCUAAGGCGAUGAAGGCGUACCACGAGUACAUCGGUCGACUCAAACGAGGCGAACUGGACUCGCACGCAGCUCCGAAGAUCACGGAUGUGGUUGAGGGGCACGAUGUGGAGUAA